AUGUCGUUAGAUAUAAGCAAGCAUGAAAAGUACUUUAGCCUAUGCUUCCAAUCAUUCCCUGCUAAAGCGGAAGGAGAAGACACCAACAAAUUGGCACUAAUUUAUUUUGUUCUCUAUGGGUUAGACAUUAUUGGCAAAUUAAACUUGACAACUGAAGAUCAAGAAAAUUAUAGUGAAUAUAUCUAUUCCCAUUUAAUUGACAGUGAACUAACCAGACAAUUGGACAUUCUUAGUUUUAGACCAACAAACACUUUCAAAUUGAAUAACGAGUAUGAUUUACCUAAUCUAUCAGCAACUUUUUUUGCAUUAAUAAAUUUAUUAAUCUUGAAAAGUGAUUACUCGAAAAAGCUAAAUCGAGAAUCGAUUAUGAAAUUUAUUAAAAAAUGUCAAAGAGAAGAUGGUUCAUUUGCUCCAGUAUUGGAUAAUAACGGUGAACCUUUUGGUGAAACUGAUUUACGUCAUUGUUAUUUAGCCAUUUGUAUUAGAAAAUUAUUAAAAUACGAUGAAGCAUCAGACAAAACAAAUGAUAUUGACAUUAAGAAAUGCAUCAAUUUCAUCGAAAGUAAAGUCAAUUACAACGGAGGAUUAAGUAGUAAUAAAUACACCGAAUCCCAUUCGGGAUUAACUUUUGUGGGGUUGGCUAGUUUGAAACUAUUAAAUUAUAAAUUUGAUAGUGAUUGGGUUGAAUUAACGAAAAAUUGGUUAGUUCAUCGUCAAGUUGAUUACCCUGAUCAGCUCUACUCCAUGUCCGAGGACUCUUCUUUUGAUAACUACUCUUUUUACGAUCUCGAAGAUAUUGGUGGCUUCAACGGUCGUGAAAAUAAAUUCAGCGAUACUUGUUAUAGUUGGUGGGUUACUGCUUCUUUAUACAUCAUUGGCGGAGACCAUUUGUUCAAUGUGGAUAAACUGAUUGACUACCUAUUAACCCAAACUCAAAAUCAUUUGUUAGGCGGGUUUGGUAAGUCAAAAGAUGUAUUUCCUGAUCCGUUACAUUCUUUCUUGGGAUUGGCAAGUUUAUCUUUAUGGAAACAUAAAGAGUCCGCUAACUUUGAUGGAUCUCUGGCUUUACAAAAUGUCAAUGAGCUUUUAGUUAUAACCGAAUCUCUGAUGAACUUUUUAAAUAACAUCAAAUGGUAA